UCACCAUUGUCUGAUUGUAUUUUAUUUGAUUUAAAUAAGAUGAUGCACUUUGCUUAUAGGUCUGAUAUUUUCUUCAUAUUACAACUGGACUUAUCAUUAGCCUAAAUCCUCACCGUGUAACAGCACCAUGUGAAUGCCACGAAUGAUACUAAUCUUCAGACCAUGUGCACACAGCUUUUUGCUGAGUUGUAAACCUCUGAUUAAGGAAGGGGCUUUAAAAGUGCCCGCAUGUGGUCUGUUGCCUCUCCUCUUUUGUUCCCGUUUUAUUCUCUACUGCUGGAGCUGCAAGAAAAGCACUAACCAGGCACGAUGAACCAGAAGGUGGUACUCAUCACCGGCUGCUCCUCUGGGAUUGGCCUCGCAUUGGCUGUCCAUAUUGCAAAAGAUGAGAAGAAGAGGUUCAUGGUCUAUGCCACCAUGAGAAAUCUGAGUAAGGCUGAGCCUCUGGUUGAGGCAGCAGGUCGGACCCUGGGCCGGACCUUGGAGAUCAAGCAGCUGGACGUAUGUGACGAGGCUUCCAUCAAAGCCUGCGUGGACAGUCUGCCUGAGCGCAGGGUAGACAUUCUCAUAAGUAAUGCUGGGAUGGGUCUGAUUGGACCCAUUGAGUGUCAGUCUAUUGAAGAGAUGAAAAGUGUCAUGGACACCAACUUCUUUGGACUUGUGCGAUUAAUGAAGGAAAUCCUGCCCGACAUGAAGAGAAGGAAAAAAGGUCAUAUUGUGGUCAUUAGCAGCGUCAUGGGGAUUCAGGGGAUUUUAUUCAACGAUAUCUACGCAGCAUCUAAGUUUGCAUUGGAAGGCUUUUGUGAAAGCCUAGCGAUACAAGCCCUGAGGUUUGGUCUAAACAUCAGCCUGAUAGAGCCAGGUCCAGUGAUAACCGAGUUUGAGCGUAAGGUUUAUGACGAGGGCCUAAAGAUUGAUCUCAGCAAAGCAGACAAAGUGACUGCUGACAUGUUCACAAAUGUCUACUUAAAGAACUACAAACAGAUCUUUGAAACCCUCGGACAGACUCCUGAGGACGUGGCAGAGCACACCCUCAAGAUCCUCAUCAUGGACAAUCCCCCUUUCCGGCACCAGACAAACACUCUCUAUACCCCUAUGACCACACUCAAGUACGCUGACCCAAAUGGUGACCUCCCGAUUGAAACGUUUUACAAAAUGGUGUUUGAACACGACAAGGUCUUCACGGCCAGCCUGAACUUCAUCAAGCUUUUGCAGUGGAGAAGCCGAAAGAGUUUUAAGUUAGAGAAGAGCAACUGAAUCAUGUCAUAUCUUUGUUAUUUUUGUGACAUGGGCAUAUUUGGCUGUUAUUGUCUAGCAGUGUUACCUCCCUGAAAUAAAUAAAGCUAUGAAAUGCCAUGAC